AGCAUCGGUGGACGAGCACUGUAGCCUACUAAAGCCAGAGUAUAGCAUCAGUCAAUGUGGGAAGAAAAUAUUCUCAUAAUCUUCAGCACUACAGUCAGCAUUCAAACACUGACAUAAACCAUCGUUUUAGAGGAGAAAACUUAAAUUAAAUGCAUAGCGCUGACACUGACAUCCAGAAUAUACGGACUCCAAUUUGCGCCCCUCUCAACGGCUCUGUGGAUCGGUGCUGUUGGGUCGGCGUGGCGUGCUCUCGGUCUCUUCCUCCGGUUGUGUAAUAUUUUUCUAGCCCAGCCACACACUCCUACACCCUCAGAAGAAAAACUCCGCUGUCAUCUGAACGAACAAGGGAAGGAACAGGGAUUGGAACAUAUACUGUCGUUUUUUGCUUUGAUUUGCAACUGAGUUUUCUAUCAGAUUAUUUUCGAUUUACAUGGCGCAAGGGCUAUGCAAGUGGGAAGGUUCUGGUUCCGGUUCUGGGUGUGAUACAACCGUGCAUUUGGAUAUCCAAGUAACAACAGUAUUAACAGUGGUACUAAAACGGAUCAGUUCCAGCGGCAUCCCCAACUCCUCUUUCUCCUCUUCCCGGCUCUAUGUCGAGUAAUGGUCGGCUUGCCUUGCUGGAUGCACCCCGCUCUCUCCGGAUCGUCGACUGCACCCUUUCCAACCGCAAAUCCCCAUUUUCAGCGGAAACCUUCAAAGAGCUAAGGGCUACAUAUGGAAACUGGGGAUCAGAAUUUUAGGAAAAAGGGAAUCUAGCGUUUGUUUCAUUUGUUUUCGACCUGAUUUAUCUGUUUCUUUACCAAUUAAUUGAUUUAUUCAUUGGGCUUGAUUUCUUUAUUCCAUUGUUGGUUGAUUUAUCAAAUUGAUGCAAGCCCUAUAGUAUUUUACUUUCUUAUAUAAUAUAGACCCCAGGAAUAUUUUCAUUUGUUUCCACUGGACUUGAAUCGUCCAUUUAUUUACAAUUGCUUUUCUUAUUUUCCAUGUCCUUCAUUUCCCGUCCCUGUUUCUCUCCUUGCUUUUCCACCUUGACUAUAAUAGCCCUGACAUAGUGUUAUUCAAACAUAACUAAACAUAAAAUAUAUACAAAUUCAACAUUAUAUGCCAACAAUAAUUGUCAUUAAUUUCGCAACCAAGAGACGUAUUGACUUGCCAGGCAGGAUUGUUGUAAGCCUACCAUUACUCUAACACCACUCUUCUCUUCAUCCAUUUCAGCUCAUAUUCAUUCAGUGCUGUCCAUAAAAUAGUACUUAUCUGCUAAUCUUGCACAUCAAGAAACACAUUGCCAGCGAUCUACAUGUGUUAAAUGCUACAUUGUAAAGCAUGAGACAAAAGCUAAUCUCAAAGCGUAAUAGCCUACUGAAUUUUGAUUGAGGCUAUCCCAUUUUUCCAUUUAUAUUACACUCUCUCUACCUAUCACUUACUGUGAUUGUAUAUUAUACAUAAUAUUAUCUUUACAUUAGUAGGUUUAUGCUGCAACUGCCAGUGUAGGCUAGUUGUAGUCAUAGGGAUAACAGUUGACGCUAUAGUCCAUUUUAGAGGCCAUUAGCUUGUCCAUAAUCCCUAUAUUUGGGGUAACAUUUAGUAAGAACCCAUCUGGGGAGAGAGACACUGCGUCCUCCUCCACAAACUACCCUAAAAGACAACCCAAUUUCUCUUAGUCAGUCCUCACCCAAACGCAACCAUAAGGUUCCUACCGCAUCCACCUCCUUCCCCCUCCUUUCGCUCAAAUAUAUCCCAUUUUUUUAGUUUGGUUUGGUCCCGUAAAUUUUCAAAUAUUUAUUUCCUAUAUAUCAAGAGGAAAGGGGGUCCCCCUUUCAUGGAAUGCGGAAAUAUGGGUCUGUUUGACCGCGGAGUUCAGAUGCUAUUGACCACGGUCGGCGCAUUUGCCGCCUUCAGUCUCAUGACCAUCGCGGUUGGCACGGACUACUGGCUGUACUCGCGCGGCACGUGCAAGUCAAAGUCGGUCAGCGAUAACGAGACCAGCAAGAAGAACGAAGAGGUGAUGACCCAUUCGGGAUUGUGGAGGACGUGUUGCUUAGAAGGGAACUUUAAAGGGAUGUGUAAACAGAUAGAUCACUUUCCUGAGGACACGGACUAUGAAGCGGACCCCUCUGAGUACUUCUUACGUGCGGUGCGAGCUUCCAGCAUCUUCCCCAUCCUCAGUGUCAUCCUGCUCUUCAUGGGAGGCCUGUGUAUAGCUGCCAGCGAGUUCUACAAGUCACGCCACAACAUCAUCCUCAGCGCAGGGAUCUUCUUUGUGUCUGCAGGCCUGAGCAACAUCAUCGGCAUCAUCGUGUACAUAUCAGCCAACGCAGGGGACCCCUCUAAGAGCGACUCGAAGAAGAACAGCUACUCCUACGGCUGGUCCUUCUACUUCGGAGCCCUGUCCUUCAUAAUGGCCGAGAUGGUGGGCGUCCUGGCAGCCCACAUGUUCAUCGACCGCCAUCGGCAGCUCCGGGCAGGGGCCAGGGCUGCCGACUACCUCCAGGCCUCGGCCAUCACACGCAUCCCAUCCUACCGUUACCGCUACCGACGCCGCUCGCGCUCCUCCUCCCGGUCCACAGACCCCUCGCACUCCCGCGACACCUCGCCUGUGGGCCUCAAGGGCUUCAGCGCGCUACCCUCUACAGAGAUCUCCAUGUACACGCUGCCCCGGGACACCCUGAAGGCCGGGGGCACGCCGACCGCCACCUUCAACUCGGAGAGGGACCAUACCUUCCUGCAGGUCCACAACUGUAUUCAGAAGGAAAAAGACUCGGCCAACACCAACACAGCCAACCGCCGCACCACACCAGUAUGAGGGAGCCCUGAGAGCAGAGCCCGGGGGAGCGAAGGCAGGGAGGCCCCCACCCAGGUCUCUAAUAUACCAAUGGCCAGGAUGAGUUUCCAUCUUUAUAGAGAUUGAUGAUUUUAUUUCAUUCAACUGCAUGAUUUUCCCAUCUACCAUUGUUGAGAGAGUCUAAAGGGGUUUGUUGGGUUCCUUUGGAGUAAAUGGUUGUACUGGGAGAAUGGGGCAGAUUGUCCUUAGAGACUGAGUCAUUUUAAUGGGUGGGGAUGGGUGAUGAGGGUGGAGCACUGAAAGGGAGGGUUUUGAUUUAAAUUUGAUUCAUGAUUUCAUAACCUUUCGGUUUUGCCAGUUUGGCUCCACAGUUUUGGUGGUGCAACAUGCUGCUGUACUUUCCCAUCAUACCACCUGCCAUAUGCCUCUGAUUUGUUGUCAUAUUUAUUCAUUUAUUUAUUUUCUGUAUUAAAACUGUGAAUUUUUGCAGCUUGGGGUUCAGUAAGAAUUCGCCCAGUCUGUAAACUCUAACAAAGGUACUAUAUGUGUAUUACAUUUAUAAAUAAAUGAUUAAGUUAAUAAUCAAGAGAUACAGACUUUACUGAAG